UCUCUCUCCGCUAGGGCCGCUCAGCUCUCUUUUGUUGUCUGAGGACUGCUGCUGCUGUGGGAAAGUGCGUGAAGAAGGCAGAAUACGUAGGCAAACUCGGCUAACUAUGCUGUUGCUGUAAAGCUCAUUUUUGUCGAUGAAGAUAGCUUGCUAACGUUGAUGUUAGCAAGUAGCCUGUUCGUGUAAAUGCUAGAAUGGACAUGAUAAACUCUCAGUUCUUGGACAAGAUGAACAAUAACAUUGGGAGACUGCACUACGAAGAUGAGUCCAAGAUGCCCUCCCUGUCUGCCACCAUGUCCAAUAUAACUGGGCCACCUCCUCACUGCCCAAACAAACGAAAGUAUGGUGAAGAACAAAUGGAAGACCGAAUCAACUGUGAUGAAGACCACAUGACCAAAAUGAGCAGAUUGUUUGCCACCCAGCUGGGCCGUCCCUCUGCUGGAGACAACCUUAGUGAGCACUGGAACCUCAGCCACAGUCCCGCAGAGCAUGUUAUUUCCUCUUCCAAUGGUCUCCAUGGGAACCAUCUGUAUGCCUCCAUUUCUGGCUAUGCUGUAGACCAGCCGAUACCUCUGACCAAAAGCAGCCACGACAUCGGAGUCAGGGGAACAGAGAGGUCUGUCAUAAGUGGGACUAUAGAGCGACAGCAGAAUCGCCCGUCAGUUAUUACCUGCGCUCCUGCAAGCAACCGCAACUGCAACCUCUCACACUGCCACAUGAAUGGCUGUGCUCCUAGCCCACCUGCUGAUCAGAGAAAGACCAAUGCAUGCGAUCCUGUGAUUGAGGAGCACUUUCGUCGCAGUCUUGGAAAGAACUACAAAGAAGCAGAGGCUGUAUCUAACUCGGUGUCCAUAACAGGUUCAGUGGAUGACCACUUUGCCAAGGCACUGGGAGAUGCCUGGCUCCAAAUCAAGGCCAGGGGUGGGGGCCAUCAAACUCCAGAUGCUGAUUCGUGAAUCAGAGUGAUCACUUAUUUGUGUGCAUAUGAGAGUAGAGAUCGGUUGCUCUCAUUUCUUGCCAAGAAUCAACUUCCCUUAACCAGGAACAGUGUAAGACACAUGGUGCUCACACCAGCUGUUCGCUCGUGGACCUCAAGGGUCGACCUUCUAGUAGCUCAGAUUUGUAAUCUGAAAUCAUUAAAUCUCUUAUACUAGAAGAGAAUCUUAAUAUUGAAUAGUUGGGUUGACUGUGUUAGUUGUGGAAACAAUCAUAGAUUUUAUUUUGAAAUGAAAAUGAGAUUCAUAGUGGUCAGUUGUUCAGAGGUCAUGCUCUGUUUUACCUGCCUUUCACCCGCCUUGAUAGCCAAAGAGUCUCCUGCCUUUCCAAUCAACAUAUAAGCCAUGGAUCUACUCUUUAUUUUCAUCUAAAUCACACUGCUUUUGAAUUUAUAUUACUUGAAAAGGACAGCCAGGUCUAAUUUGCACUAUUACAUGUCUGACCGUUUAGGUAGCAGGUUACCUGUUUCAGUUGGAACCGAUGUGUUAAAGAAUACAUUUUGUGAUAAUGCAAUUAAGGCUCUGGUCCCCCGCUUUCUGAAGACACUAGCUUAAUCUGUCUUCUCUAUGAUGGUGAACUGGAUGUAUCCACUGUUAAAUAAUUAUAGUUUUCUGUCUUUACUCUCACUGUGGCCGAUUACUUAAUAAACUAAUAUCACAGUAGAUAUCUAACUAGACAGCAUGUUUUAAAUAGCUGGUUUCUAUUACAGUCCCUAUUCUAUACUAUAUAUUUACUCAGAAUUUAUUUUUUAUCUGUAACAUUUUAGAAAUACUCACUGCUGGUACAGUUGUACUCAAUAUAUUUUUUGUAUCCGGUUUUCAUUAGUAUAUGUAGAUGUAUAUCUUAGCAUUCAUCUACAAGUCACAGCCUCUGGCAAGGUUGUGUGAAUACAGUUUAAUAGGCUGCAUUGCUUUUUUUAAAUUUUUUUUUUAUUAAUUCUGUGGAGCUGGACACUGCAGCUUUACACAAGACUGAAUAUAGCUAAAUAAUCUUCUGUAGCUUUUUAUUAGCAGCGACUUUAUUUAUUCUUCACACGUUGAUAGUUUCAUGUUGACUUUUGGCAAAAUGUAGUGACAGAGAAGUUUGACUUUAAUGUGUUUGUUUCAUUCCAGGAAAAAGUCAAUGAGUGCUUCCCACCUUACCUCCUCACUAGAAGCUGAUUUAAAAAAAUUUUUUUUUUUAACUAUAGUGUUCUUAAUGAAGCCAUACAAAGUUACAAGAACUUGAAGUAGUAAAUGGUGCAAGCAUUUUUGCCCUUGCCCUUGAAACAAAUUUCAGCACUGUUUAAAAACUGCUACCAAAUCAGUUCUAACCCCCCACAACCAGAUUUGGGCUUUAGUCCCGUUUUACCUACAUUUUGAUACCAGGCUAUUGCUGACAUGUUCAUUGUGAUGGUUAGGACAUAUCACAUUUAUCUAAUUUGACUUUUCAAUAUGUUCAAAAUCCUUGUGAUCCCUAUUUUUUGCACCUGCAUUUCAGAAAAAAAAAUAUUCGAAGUAUGAUGGUAACAAUUUGUGUCUUCAUCAAACAUAUUCAUGUCGUGCAAAAAAAUCAGCUGAUUUGGUCAAGUGGGAAUUUUAUUCAGAUUUGGUUGAGUUUUUUUUUUCUUUCCUAAUAAGAACAACAACGGAUUAUUCCAUUGCUUUAACUCUUAAACAGAUUCUUAAAUAAGAUUCUUAAAUAAGAUUUUAAUGCACAUGCAAUAUUGGGUGUCCUUUUACAAGUAGACCUCAGCAUUCCACCAGUGCUGCCUGACGCUAAGCUGUCAGUACAGUUGUGUUUAGCAUUUACUGUUACAUGUAUUUGCCUUUUUUUUUUUAAUCAUGGUGGUGUCAUGGUGUGUGCUGCAAAAGUUUUGUUUGAGGCAAAUUGAGAAAAGGUUUCUUUUUUUAUAAAGUUAGGUUUUGGUAAAUUCAAUUUUCACUCCUCCAAAAUUUGCUUUUGGUAGCAUAAACUAUUUGUCAACACUGACUAAGAUGGGGUAUUGUAAAGUCUUAAGUUUGGUCAUUUAACUGCCUGGGAAAAUCUAUACAUUUCUGUUAAUAUUCUGCCAUUUUUAAGUCGUUACAUUAUUCUGACUUUAUACUUUAAUUUACUCACAAGACUAUCAUUGCGCCGUGCGGAAUGAUUGAUUGAUUGAGUAGCGAACUUAUCUGUAGCAUCAUCUAGCCAUGCAUUCUAAUUUUUUACAGGUUGAUUAUUUUCCCACAGUUGUCAGAUGAUUAUUAUGUGCAGGAACACAACAUCCAAGACUUUGUGCAGUGUCAAAAGAGCUUCUGUAACACUUUAGUUUGUGUAGCUUUUGUAUGUACCAUAGUAGAAAUUAGGAUUUGUCACAGGAUCUGCUUGUUUGACACAAGUAGUUUUUUUUUUUUUUUUUUUUUUUUUUUUUAAAUAUGUUUGGGGUAUUAGUCAAUUGUUAUUUAAUUUCUGUAUUUACACUACCUGUAUCUCAGACUGUUCCGGGUGUAAUCCAGAUACAAAAACGUGUUCAUUUUGUCCUUAUUUCUCUGGAAGAAAAUACCACUUUUUUUUUGUUUGUUUGUUUUUUUGCUUUUUUACUUACAUUUCUUCAAAAAUAAACACAAUGCCUGCA